AUGGGCAAGAAAUGGCGAUAUGGCGUUAUCCUCGACGCAGGAUCCUCGGGGACACGCCUACACGUUUAUCGAUGGAAAGAUCCCGCGAAAGUUCUUAAGGAGGCAUCGAAGGAGGAUUUAAAGAGCCUGCCGAAGCUGGAAACCGACAAGGACUGGACUAAGAAGAUUCGUCCUGGCGUGUCGACAUUUGGCGAGAAGCCGAAGGAGGUUGGCCCGGACCACCUCAAGUCUCUCGUUAAUCAUGCUCUCGAUAUCAUUCCCGAGGACAAAGUCCAAGAUACCCCCAUUUUCCUGAUGGCCACCGCUGGCAUGCGACUGCUUCCUCAGGUUCAACAGACAGCGUUGACCCGCGAAAUAUGCUCCUACCUCCGUCAAAACACAGAGUUCUCCUUGCCAGAUUGCGACCUACACAUCCAAGUCAUCAAGGGCGAGACAGAGGGCUUAUACGGUUGGAUUGCAUCAAAUUAUCUGCUAGGUGGUUUUGAUCAUCCAGAAGACCAUGCGCACGGCAAAGGUCAUCACACCUAUGGUUUCCUAGACAUGGGCGGCGCUUCAGCCCAGAUUGCAUUCGCGCCAAAUGCGACUGAAGCUGAGAAGCAUGCCAAUGAUCUUAAACUCUUGCGAAUGCGAACAAUGAAUGGCGAACCUGCAGAGUACAAGGUCUUUACCGCGACGUGGCUAGGAUUUGGUGUCAAUCAAGCAAGAGAAGCCUAUGUCAAAAACCUGCUCGACGCGUACGAUCCCUCCGCGAAGGAGAUUCCCGACCCAUGCAUGCCCAAGGGCUUGCGCACAACGACAUCCGGAAAGCCUGCAAAUGAAGCUGAGAAGGGAGAACUCAUCUUGUUGGGAACGGGCAACUUCAAGACUUGCUUAGCACAGACGUAUCCUCUAUUGGGCAAGGAUGCGCCGUGUGAAGAUCAACCCUGCUUGCUUAAUGGGCAACAUGUUCCCGCCAUCGAUUUCGAUGUCAAUCAUUUCAUCGGUGUUUCUGAAUACUGGCAUACUACUCAUGGUGUUUUUGGCGGGAAGGGUGACAAAGCCUAUGAUUUCAAUACUUACCAAAAGAAUGUUGAGACAUUCUGUAGCAAGGACUGGGAUGAGAUCGUGGAUCCUAAGAUUGCUGCACGGAAGAAGAAGACCGAUCCUAAAGAAGCCCAGGAAGCUUGUUUCAAGGCUUCUUGGUUGCUCAAUGUCCUUCACGAUGGCAUUGGAAUCCCACGCAUCGGUCUCGAGGAGACACCAUCGUCAAAUCAUAAUGCCUCCAAGGAAGCUCUCGAACAUGCGAAGGAAAAAGGUUUCUUAGAUCCGUUCCAGCCUGUGGACAAGAUUGACGGCAUCGAAGUCAGCUGGACACUUGGGAAAAUGGUUCUCUACGCCGCUGGCCAGAUUCCCCCAAAAGGAAAAGACAUGCCCGUUGGCUUUGGCAGCAAUAUCGAGGGCAAAGUGCCGUCAGACUUCAACUACGCUGGCUCGAGCUGGAAACCUGUUUCGCAUUCAGAUGACGAUGACGACUGGGGCGACAAGGCAGAAGACAUUCUCGAUAAGGCACCCUCAAAGAAGACGUCGGGAUUCUUCUUCUUCAUUUUGAUACUCCUAUUCCUUGCCUUCCUGUUGCGAAAGAAAGAGCGGCGGAUGCGCCUGACAAGCAAACUAUUUGGUCGUCAAUCCGCCCAAUACGAACGUGUUCUGGAGGAGGGAGAGGCCAUUUCGCUACUAGACCUUAUCCAAGGCUUUGGAGCCAAGAUCAGCUGA